UUACUAUUUAGUGAGUUUUGGAUAACUUACAUGUCUCAGCUUCGCGCGCACGCAACACUUGAUUGUACGCAGCGUUUGGAAGUUUCUAGAAGCCAUAUUAGCAAACAUGGCUCGUGCGUCGAAGAUCUUGCUUCUCUUGGUUAUUUCAUUGGCUUGCAUUUCCAUUGUCCAAGCCACUUACUUGAGCUGGGUAGUUCGAUGCUGUUCCAAAGGUCGCCUAAAAGCCAAGAAGAGUGCUGAUCCCACUUCGUGUAAUUCAGAUGAUUUGUCUCGUCGAAGAUUCCAAACCCCGCGUGAUCGUCUUAUCUGCCGACAUGCUGAGAGAAUUUGCUGCGUCAAAGAAAUGCAGAAGUUGAGUUGUCAGAGUGGAAAAUAUGAGGCAACCCUUGGGCAGCCGUGCGAUACAUUCAGACCAUUCGUUGGUGGAGAUAAUUUCCGCGAGUGUUGUGACUGCUGUUCCCUGGGAAUCAAAGCCAAAGCGGAUCCUUACGCUUCCUGUUCUACCGCCAAGUUCCCUGAACUCAUGUCAAACAACUUUAGCUUUCCGUGCGUCCAGGCCUUCCGCGAAUGCUGCAGUGGCAAGGUAAAGAUACCUACGGUUAUUCCGACGAUCAAGUCUCGGAAACCGCAAUGUUCCGACAAUUUCUGUGAUCAAGAGUGUCAAGAUUCACCGACUGAAGGCGCACAGUGCAGCUGUCGUGACGGUUACCGCCUACAACCUGACAGAGUGUCUUGUAAAGACAUUGAUGAGUGUCAGGCAGGAGGAAAAAAUGUUUGCAGUCCUUUAGAACGGUGUAUUAACACUGCUGGUAGUUACAAAUGUGACAAUCAAACUGCGGCAGCAUGUAAACUGGGAGAACAAGAGCUGGGCGGCAGAUGUAUAGAUAUCGAUGAGUGCGCGCGUGGACAACACGGCUGUGGCAGUCAACAGACAUGCGUGAAUAAUGAUGGAUCUUACAGCUGUGCCUGCAGGAGAGGCUACGAAGCUUCUGGGAGAUCCUGUGUUGACAAAGACGAAUGUGAAACAAAAGAGGCUAGCUGCCCUGCGAACUCAAGCUGCGUCAAUACCGCCGGGUCUUAUCGCUGUGAAUGCGAAAGAGGACUACAACUACGGAAUAACAAAUGCGAGGAUAUCGACGAGUGCUCGACUGGACAACAUUCCUGCCGUCGAGGGACACAGUGCGAGAACACGGUCGGUUAUUACAAGUGUACCAGGAUUACAUGCCCCUCUGGACAAGAACUCGGUGCCGAUGGGACCUGUAAACCCAAGAUUCAGAGCAUUUGCGACAGAAUCCAAUGCGGGGAUGGCUUUGUUUGCAAUCGUAACAGCCCAGGACGUCCUUGUCAAGAUAUUAAUGAGUGUUCACUGUCACCCCCAAAGUGCAAAGCAAACGAAGUGUGUUUCAACUUUAUAGGGACAUUCGAAUGUCGAGACCCAUGCAAAGACGUGGAUUGUGGAUCAGGGCUUAAGUGUGAGCCGGCAGAAAGAUCCUACAGUUGUAAGGAUAUAGAUGAGUGUAGAAUUACGCCGAGGAAAUGCACGGGCGAUCACGAGAUCUGUGUGAACAGUUAUGGAAGCUACAGCUGCAGAUGUCGCGCUCAGUUCCGGAGAAACAGGCAGACACAAAAAUGCGAGCGUAUCGACCCCUGCACAUUUAAACCCUGCCCCGUUGGCUACAGAUGUGAAGUUGUUGACCAGAAAAAUGCUGACUGCAAAGAGAUUAAUGAAUGUCUGGAGUCACCGCCCAGGUGUCGGGCAGAUGAGAGCUGUCAAAACUAUCCCGGUGGUUACUACUGCACAUGUCAGGACGGAUAUCGACGGAGCAUUAUCACCAAUAGGUGUGAAGAAAUCGAUGAAUGUAAUGAAAGAAGAUCAGGCUGCAGCCAGAUUUGUCAAAACACACCUGGUUCAUUUGUCUGUCGUUGCAGGAAGGGUUUUGAGAUGAUGCCCAAUAAACGAACAUGCAGAGAUAUAGAUGAGUGUACUAAAGGUAUUUCUGGAUGUUCCCAAGUCUGCGAAAAUACCCUGGGGUCCUUUGUAUGUCGGUGUAGACGGGGCUACGAGCUGAGUUCCGACGGACGAACUUGUAACGAUAGGAACGAAUGUGACUCAGUUAAAUGUGCUUACCGUUGUUUAAACACUGGUGGAAGCUUUCGUUGCAUUUGUCCGAGCGGUUACAACUCUUCCGGCUACUAUUGCUCAGAUUUUGAUGAGUGCAAAGCUGGGGCUCAGUGCAAAGACAAUGAAUUCUGCUUCAAUACAUACGGUUCUUACAGGUGCAUUGCUAAAAUGACGUGUCCUUCAGACUACGAACAAGUCUCUGAUACGAGAUGCGACCGAAGUUGCAAAGAUGGAGACCUGGCCUGCUUUAGUAGGAAGGUGCGGAGGUAUAGUUUGUGGACGUUCAAGCUACGCAGCAACGAUCCACCGUCGACAAUUUUUAGCUACCGUAUUGUCACUUAUGGCUACAGGACUACCCCGAAUAUAACAUUUUACUUUCAUCGUGGAAACGAAGAGGGUUACUUUGAAAUAGACACGAAAGGUGAGAGUAACGGGGUGAUUGCAUACAUCAAAAGCAAGAAACGAAUCGAAGGCCCCAAGAUUUUCUUGCUGGAAUUCCGCGGAGAUGUCACUGAUUUCGAGACUGGCGAUUUGGCGUCACGCUUCGUGCACAGGAUGUUUGUGUUCGUAUCGCGUUACGACUUUUAGCUGGCCUCUGCGUGAAACACAGGUGUGAAGGUUCGUGAUCACGUUUGCAGUAGGUCUUUCUAAACGUUACUAGAGAAGCGUGCCCGAGAUUGUAAAUUCAACCUCAAGUACAAAGGAGCUAAAGGACAUGACUAACGUAAUAGAAUUAGUAAGCAUAAAUACUAAAAACGGGUUAAUAUUACUGUUGCAUAACUUAGUGAUAUUUUUUAAUGAUUUUUUUUUUUAAUACUUUACUAAUAAUUUUCACACUGGAAAAAAUAAAUUUUCUGAAAUGAAAAUUUCCUACUUGGGCGCAGUUCUUUUUUAAACCUCGUAAAGGCUGGUUUUUACCAGUAACAUAACCAUACCAAAACGAAUGCAAUCCUUUUUUUUUCACUUGGCAUCAUAAUUUUGACAACACAAUUAGAGACACAAGGAAACACAAAUUUCCAUAUUCACUGCACUUACACUCAUGAAUGAGUUUACGUGGCAGUAAUUCCUAGCGAGGUGAAUAAAAGAUUGUCAAGCUUUGCUUACGCUGCUAAUGGAAACAAGCUUUUAAAUAUUUGGCAUUCAUGUGGUAUUCGCUACACAGAGGUAGACUUGAAGUACAAAAACCUGAAUAUUGCGUUCCAUCUGAUAUUAGUUACAGUUUUGGCGCAGUGUGUCUCGUAAGGUAACCCUACUUAAGGCAUUAGUACAGUAGUCCUGAGGGCCCUGGUGUUGUUUGAAGUCCCUUAACUCGAAUAAAAAGAGACAACGGGAAACCAUUCGAAAUUCACAUCAUAAAGUCGAGCACAAAGCGUGACAAUAAUACGAUAUCAUAAAAUAACUCUUCACAAGAGACCAAAGAAGCUGUAUUUUAAGAAGCUUUAAUUUUGUCUAUCGACAGAAUUCUAUAACCAUUUAUGUUCUUGGAUUUGUAGACCUUCGCUCAGAGCAAAAGAAGUUCUACCUUGAUCUUCUCUUGGCUUAGAGACAUCUGAGCAUGUAUGUAAGAUUAAUUUACAUGAGGACUUCUUAUGUAUCCCGUCUUAUGUAUGGCGUCAGUAUUGAAACAUAUUUUGCAGUCGUGCCUUUAAAGUUACCGAGAGAAAUAAAACUAUUAUUUUAAAUAUA